UGAAGGUUGUGUGUACGACAUGUGCGCAACAUUACCUGAUGAAAGUUCAGUUUGUGGAGAUGUUGCCACUUAUGCAAGUAGAUGCUCAGGUUCCGGAAUCACAAUUGCAUCUUGGAGAACAGAAGAUUUUUGUGCUCCUGAGUGUAAUGAAGGAGCAACGUACAGUACAUGUGCUUCAGCAUGUCCUUUGACAUGUUCAGACAUCGGAAAUGAUUCAGAUGAGCUCUGUCCAAGAAUGUGCGUAGAGGGAUGUGAGUGUUUACCUGGCAGAUAUCUUAGUGGCUCAGAUUGCGUCUUACCGGAGGACUGUGGUUGCUCUGACGGCAACAACUAUUAUGAG